CCUUUUAUGAAAAGUAUCUUCAACCUGGAGGAGAACAGGAAGUAACUCCGUCGUUUGUUUAGAUUAUUAGCUAGCUAGCUCUUGGCAACUUAAGGAGUUACGUUUUUACUUGCUUUAGAAAGUGAAAGGCGUAGCUAGAUAGAGUAAUUCAAAACAGCAUCAUAACAUGAAUAAAACAGAGAGUGGAAUCAUGAGCUCAAUGCUUGUUGUUGUGGCCGUUGCCUGUGUCCUCGUUAGUCGAGCAGAAUGUCAGACUACUUCGCCAACGCCAUCGAUUUUUUGCAAAGACUUCUCAACUUGUGACUCAUGCAUUCAAAAGCCAAAGUGCCUGUGGUGCAUGACCAACGGCACGUGCACAGACUACCCAGUGAGCUACAUUCUGCCUCCACCUGCAGUGUGUAAACUGUCACAGGCACGAUGGGGAGUGUGUUGGGUGAACUUCGAGGCCCUGAUCAUUGCCAUGGCAGUGUUAGGCGGGACCAUCCUCAUCAGCAUCACAGUCUGUUGUUGCUGCUGCUGUUGCUGCAAGAAACGUGAAUCAGGGCCAGACAGAGAUGAGGAGAGGUUUGCCAGGAGGAGAGAGGACAUCAGACAGCGUGCUGAUGAACGGAAUGUGGAGAGGAAGGUGAGGCAUGAUGACAUCCGCAAGAAGUAUGGUCUUGUCCCUGACUCUGACCACCCAUACAGCAAGUUUGAAAAUGAGUAAACCAGAAACCUGUGUGAGAGUGAAGAGAAGAGUUGUUCAGAUGGCCCUGCUCUACUCUGCUCCAUCCUCUUUGGGCUGACUAUCGUCCUGUCCUGCUGACUGUUCUAGCUUAGCGAGCAGAGACGCCCUACUCUGACACACACACAUCAAGACCUGUCUAUCAUCAUGGUUAAUCUAAAUCAAAACCCUUGCCUAUAAUGAUCGAAUGCAGUUUUUAUUCAUUCAUUUUAGGUUCUGAUUGAAAAUUAUUUAAAGUUUGAGAAAAUUGUAUGUUUGUCACACGAUUAAGAAGUUUGAGGAAGUCUGUAAUAUUUAGUUUGCUGUUGGAGACGUGGCACUGAGUGGAGCUUCUUAACUUUCUGCACAUUGUCUUUGUAUUUUUGUGAAAUCUGAUUUAAAGAGCCUUUGUUUUAAAUUAU